AUGGCCGUAGACUCUAGCCUCUCCUCGCCGUUGGGACCUCCAGCGUGUGAAAAAGACGCAAAAGCCCUCCGUUUUAUCGAGGAAAUGACUCGAAAUGCAGAUACGGUUCAAGAAAACCUCCUAGCGGAGAUUCUGAGACGCAACGCUGAGACGGAGUACCUCCGUCGCUUUAACCUUGGAGGUGCCACAGACCGUGAUACCUUUAAAUCAAAGCUUCCAAUCAUUACCUACGAAGAUCUCCAGCCCGAGAUCCAACGUAUCGCUGAUGGAGACCGAUCUCCCAUCUUAUCCGCCCAUCCCAUCUCCGAGUUCCUCACCAGCUCCGGAACCUCAGCCGGGGAGAGGAAACUCAUGCCGACCAUUCAAGAAGAGCUCGACCGUCGCCAGCUUCUUUAUAGUCUCCUCAUGCCCGUCAUGAACUUGUAUGUGCCAGGACUAGACAAAGGAAAGGGAUUGUACUUCUUGUUCGUUAAGUCUGAAACAAAGACACCUGGUGGGCUACCGGCUCGACCUGUCCUAACCAGCUACUACAAGAGUGAUAAAUUCCGGUCCCGACCAUACGACCCCUACAACGUCUACACGAGUCCCAACGAAGCCAUUCUCUGCCCGGACUCCUUCCAAAGCAUGUACACUCAGAUGCUAUGCGGCCUCCUUGACCGCCUCUCUGUCCUCCGUGUGGGCGCCGUUUUUGCCUCUGGUCUCCUCCGUGCCAUCAGAUUCCUCCAGCUCCAUUGGUCUCGCUUGGCCGACGACAUUGAGUCAGGUUCUCUCGACUCUGAGAUAACCGACCCGUCUAUAAGACAAUGCAUGUCCGAUAUUCUCAAACCGGACCAGCACCUGGCGGAGUUCAUCCGCCAGGAGUGCAAGUCCGAAAAAUGGGAAGGAAUCAUCACUCGGAUUUGGCCCAACACUAAGUACCUUGAUGUCAUCGUAACUGGAGCCAUGGCUCAAUACAUCCCAACAUUGGAAUACUACAGCGGUGGUCUUCCGAUGGCUUGCACGAUGUAUGCUUCCUCCGAGUGUUACUUUGGUUUAAACCUUAACCCGAUGAGCAAACCAUCUGAAGUCUCGUACACAAUUAUGCCCAACAUGGCCUACUUUGAAUUCAUUCCUCUUGGCGGCUCCAAGGCCGUUGAACUUGUUGAUGUAAAGAUUGGCAAAGAGUACGAACUUGUGGUCACGACCUAUGCUGGUCUAUGUCGAUACCGAGUUGGUGACAUCCUCAGAGUCACAGGCUUCCACAACUCAGCACCUCAGUUUCAUUUCGUGAGGAGGAAGAACGUCCUCCUCAGCAUCGACUCCGACAAGACCGACGAGUCUGAACUUCAGAAAGCCGUGGAAAACGCAUCAAAGCUGCUUCUCAAAGAGUGCGGCACCCGCGUAGCCGAGUACACUAGCUACGCGGACACAAGCACUAUCCCGGGCCACUACGUAUUGUAUUGGGAGUUGUUAGUGAGGGACGGAGAGAGGCAACCAAGUCACGAUACUCUGACUCGAUGCUGCCUCGAGAUGGAACAGUCGUUGAACUCGGUUUACAGGCAAUGUCGAGUGGCUGAUAACUCGGUUGGACCGUUGGAGAUUAGGGUGGUGAGAAACGGAACGUUCGAGGAGUUAAUGGACUACGCCAUCUCAAGAGGUGCGUCGAUUAACCAGUACAAGGUACCUAGGUGCGUGAACUUCACGCCUAUUGUGGAGUUACUUGAUUCUAGGGUUGUGUCGGAGCAUUUUAGCCCAGCUUUACCGCAUUGGACCCCGGAGAGGAGGAGGAGAUAAGGGCAGGCCCCAUGUUUUUUCCUUCGUGAAGUCAAAGGCUUUAAAUUGAUAAGCGCUUUGGUCUUGUAAUAUAAUUAGAUUCCUCGCUGGUUAUUUAGUUUUUUCUUUGUUUUCGUAGUGGUUUUUUCAUCUCGUUUAUUUUUCCAUGUGGAUUCUCUGUGUGUAAUUUGUUUUCUCUUUCUAGUCGGGACAAAAAAAAUCCUGAUUAGAGAAGUUUUUAUAUUCCCAGGGA